CCCCGGACUCUUACCACGCCUGGUUGUGGGUUGCAGGAGGGGGGGAGAGCAGCACAGGACAAAUCGGAUUUCGGUGGAGCAGUUGGUGUAUACUCUACGUGCAAGGCUGGUACGACGACAUCUGAACCCUUGGACUGGGGAUGUCUUCCCUGGUCAGUCGGCACACACUGUGUACGAAGGCGGCAGCUCUCCCUCUCAUAUCCCGGACGGGGGCCGGACUGAUCGACAGCACUCACAAUCACACCUUGAAAAACGAAAUGCUGUCCAAUAUCAUCUUCCUCAGUUUUAUCGUGACCGACACGAAUAGCGCGGUUGGAAAGAGGGCUCGUCUAUAAUCACAGUCGUCUCCGGAUUACCAACAAAGCAUUACAAAGAUUCCGUUGCUUGUACUGCGAAUCCGGUCUAAAUCAUGGGCACCGAGAAUGUUGCCACCAUGUCGGACGGCGUGCAAAUUCCAUACCUCAUCGACGGCAAUCCAGAGCCCAAUGCACCAUUGAUAGUGCUCUGCAAUCCCAGUCUAGUCGAUUAUUCCUUCUGGGACGAGUUCCUGACUCUAUUCCGCGCGAAACCCCAGAGCGAACCCUACCGCUUUCUACGAUACAACAAUCGCGGCCGAGUCCCCAACAACACCAACACUACAAAUGCGCCACUGACGCUAGACCGCCUUACGGAAGAUGUGGUCGCGAUCCUGGACACCAUAAACGUCGACAAAGCCAUGGCCAUGACAGGAAUCAGCCUCGGAGGCUUGACCGUCGUCAACCUAGCUCGCAAGUAUCCCGGCAGAGUAGGUGCCGUGAUGCCUUGUGAUUUCUUCCCGGAGAGUCCGCCGAGCAAUCCGGCCGUUUGGAACAGUCGCCUCGAUAUAGCCAGGAAGGAUCCUCUAAGCCCUCGAGAUGCGGACGGCGUGCGCAUUUGUGGCAGCGACUUGGCAAAGGUGACUGUCGAGCGGUGGCUGUCUCCUAAGAGCGUGAACGGCGGUUUGGAGAAAUCCAAGAUUGAUGGGCUGGUAAAGAUGGUGGAGGAGAACAGACUCGAUGGCUUCGUUAGCAUUGUCGAGGCUGUAUCGUGUUAUGAUCUUCGGGAGGGACUGGCUGAGGCUACGAUCCCGGCGGUUCUGGUGGCAGGAAGAGAUGACGCGCCUGUGUUAGCGCCGAUGAAGGACAUGGCGGGUGUCUAUGGUGAUGGUGCUGGCGCCGAGUUCAAGAUCAUUGAGGAUGCUGGUCAUUUGCCGGUUGUAGAUCAGCCGGAGGAGUUUGUUGGGAUCUUUGCGGAGUUUUUGGAGGUGACUUUAGUCCAGUCGCAGUAG